AUGGCUAAAGAUGUGGCUAAAAAUAUGGCUAAGGGUGCGCCUCAAAAUAUGGCUCAAAAUAUGGCUCAAAUGACGAGGAACCGUUCAAGGGGGCCAGUCAACCUCGUAAUCCAACAGUUAGAUUGUCCAGCCCAGAAAAUUGGCUGGGAAGGUCUUUCUUAUUCUCUAAAUGGCUGGAGGAGCAACAGGGGUCUGAGCUGCUCCACGGGAACACUUGCUGACAGUUGUCUACACAGAGAGACCCAAGCACAGACCAGAGAGACUCAAGCACACACCAGAGAGACCCAAGCACAGACCAGAGAGACUCAAGAACACACCAGAGACCCAAGAACACACCAGAGAGAUUCAAGCACACACCAGAGACAAGCACACACAGAGACCCAAGAACAAACCAGAGACCAAAGCACACACCAGAGACUCAAGCACACACACACAAGAGAGACACAAGCACACACAGAGACUCAAGCACACCAGAGACUCAAGCACACACCAGAGACAAGCAGAACAGAGACUCAAGCACACACCAGAGACUCAAGCACACACCAGAGAGACUCAAGAACACACCAGAGACUCAAGAACACACAGAGACCCAAACACCAGAGAGACCAGAACACACCAGAGACCCAAGACACCAGAGACUCAAGCACACACCAGAGAGACUCAAGCACACACCAGAGACUCAAGAACACACAAGAGAGACUCAAGAACACAGAGAUUCAAGAACAAACCAGAGAGACUCAGAACACACCAGAGACUCAAGAACACACCAGAGAGAAAGAACACACACAAGAGAUUCAAGAACAAACCAGAGAGACUCAAGAACACACCAGAGAGACUCAAGCACACACAGAGAGACUCAAGCACACACAAGAGACACAACACACCAGAGAGACUCAAGCACACACCAGAGAGACUCAAGCACACACCAGAGAGACUCAAGCACACAGAGACUCAAGAACAAAUCAGAAACCAAAGCACACACAAGAGAGACUCAAGCACACACAAGAGAGCCAAAAGCACAGACCAGAGAUACAAGCACACAUCAGAGAGACUCAAGCACACACCAGAGAAACCAAACCACACACCAGAAGCUCAAGAACACACCAGAGAGACCAAGAACACACCAGAGAGACUCAAGAACACAGAGAGACUCAAGAACACACCAGAGAGACUCAAGAACAAACCAGAGAGACUCAAGAACACACCAGAGACAAGAACACACCAGAGGACACAAGAACAAACCAGAUAGACCAAAAGAACACCAGAGAGAGACCCAGAACACACCAGAGAGACACAAGAACACACCAGAGAGACUCAAGAACACACCAGAGAGACUCAAGAACAAACCAGAGAGACUCAAGAACACACCAGAGAAACCCAAGAACACACCAGAGAGACUCAAGAACACACCAGAGAGAUUCAAGAACAAACCAGAGAGACUCAAGAACAGAGAGACACAAGAACACACCAGAGCGACUCAAGAACACACUAGAGACUCAAGAACACACCAGAGAGACUGAAGAACACAGAGAGACACAAGAACACACCAGAGCGACUCAAGAACAGAGACUCAAGAACACACCAGGACUCAAGAACACACCAGAGACUCAAGAACACACUAGAGAGACUCAAGAACACCAGAGACAAGAACACACCAGAGGUGGAGUGGAGCCCAGGUAG